AACAUCAAGAACUACUUAAGCAAGAGGUAGGCAGACAUCAAACUGUAGUGAGAAUGGAGACAGCAGUGGACGAGACAAUGGACCAGGUCACCCAUUACAAUCCACUGUUCGACAUGUCGCUGAGCAGGAGCGAGCGCUACAGCUUCCAGCAUGAUGAUCUGAAACCAGCCCCCUCCAGAAGACACUGGAGUUUUACUGUGAUAAUUAUCUGGGUCAUCUUACAGACAGCGCUUGAUGCCUUUCUCAUUUAUAAAGUUGUGUUGGGACUGAGCCCUGCGCCACAGAGUUCAUAUCAUCAUAGCGACAACGACCUUGACCUCAACCUUCUCAUCCAGAACAACAGCCAAGAAGCCAACAGUCUGAGGAGCCACUUAUGGGUUUUGCAAAAUCAGGUCAAGAGUCUGUGUGGUGAGGAAGGUCAGCUACAAAGAUUAAGGGCUGACCUGAACUUGCUCAAUACCAGCAACCACAACCUGGAAAACAAACUAACAAACAUUAGAAUCAAAACAGGCCCACCAGGUACAAACGGUCUACCUGGACAACAAGGUCCGAAAGGAGAGAGAGGCCCAAAAGGUGACAGUGGGGCUCCUGGCCCUUCAGGUCAAAAGGGUGAAACAGGACUCAAAGGGGGAAAAGGAGAACUGGGAGCUGCUGGUGAAGUUGGUCCGAAAGGUUCAGCAGGGAAUCCAGGAGCACCAGGCAAUAAGGGGGAGCCAGGGGACCAAGGCCCUCGUGGAGAAAAAGGUGACUCUGGAAUGUCUGGACAGAAAGGGGAGUCUGGAUUGUCUGGUUCACCUGGAUUAAAAGGACAAAAAGGAGACCCUGGAAGUGUUGGCCCUCAGGGACCCCCAGGUGCAAGAGGACCUGUUGGACUUAAAGGGACUCAGGGUCCACCUGGACUGCAAGGAGAAAAGGGCGAGUCAGGAAAAGAGAUCAAAGUGCGUCUUGUGCCUGGACAAAACAGAGGACGAGUGGAAGUCAUGCACAGUAACAUCUGGGGCACCAUUUGUGACGACAGCUUUGGAACUUUAGAUGGGAGAGUGAUCUGUAAGAUGCUAGGGUUCCAGUCUGUUGUUUCCACCUUCACUGCUACCCCAGGUACCGGUAAGAUCUGGUUGGAUGAGCUGCAAUGCACAGGAGCAGAGUCUGACAUCUUUGACUGUCCACACAAUGAAGUUGGUGUUCACAACUGUAAUCAUGAUGAGGACGUGGGAGUACAAUGUACAUAGAGGCAGAAGAGAGAUUAAACUGUGCAAAAGUUAACUUUGUAGUCCUUAUGUUAGACUGAAAUUUAUCACAUUAUUUCAUGUUUUUCUUUCCAGUCAUAUUACUUGAGUAAUACUAUACUAUUUGACCAUAACUUUAGAGACACUAUGUCCUCGGAGUAGGUCCCACAUUAUGCAUGAAACUAAGCAAACUGCGCAGCCGCUUAGGGCCCCAGGGCACUAGGGGGCCCCCUUAGUGGAACUGAUUUUUUUUUAGUAAUGAUUUCUAUGUGAUUAUAUUUACAAAAACACAUAAAUUCAUUAUAAAGUUG